GAGAAGUUACAAACUCAAGGGCCAACUCCCUCUCUUGGGGCCGAAACCAGGGCAUUUCUUCACUUUGCGAAAUGCAGAAUAUCUCUUGGUAUAAAUACUGAGCCGCGUCCAAUACCGAUCACACUUGAACACACAAGCUCAACAUGUUCAGCAAGAUCCUCGCCUUCUCCGCCCUCGUGGCCGCCGCCUCCGCUGGUGUUGUCGGCCCCGCGCUGACCACCUACGCCGCCGCCCCCGCCUACUCGGCGUACGCUGCCCCCAUCGCCCGUGCCGCCUAUGCCGCCCCCGCCUACGGCUAUGCCGCCCCCGCCCUUGCCCGCGCUGCCUACGCCGCUCCCCUGGCUUAUGCCGCCCCCGUCGCCAAGGCUGUCGUUGCUGCCCCCGCUGAGUACGACGCCAACCCUCAGUACAGCUUCGCUUACUCCGUGUCCGACGCUCUGACCGGUGACAACAAGGAGCAGCACGAGAGCCGCCAGGGAGAUGUUGUCCAGGGCUCUUACUCCCUCAUCGAGGCCGACGGCACCCGUCGCGUCGUCGACUACACCGCUGACCCCAUCAACGGAUUCAACGCCGUCGUGCACAAGGAGGCCGCCGUUUCCAAGGCUGUUGUUGCCGCCCCCGCCAUCGCUAAGGUCGCCGCUCCCCUGGCCUAUGCUGCCCCCGCUGCCUACGCCGCCCCCGCCUACGCUCGUGCCUAUGCCCCUGCUGCUUAUGCCGCCCCCGCCUACGGCCGUGCCUACCUCGGUUAUUACUUCAUUAACGAAAGCAGCAUUUGCUUAACUACAGUAUAUAUAGCGUGGACAGCGGCAAGCAAAGCAUCAGUCCACUCCGACAUCUCCACACACACAACACCAAACAAAACAAUGGCUUUCUGCAAGGUCGCCCUCCUCGCCGCCAUCGUGGCCGUGGCUCAGGCCCAGUACUUCGCUCCCGCCGUGGCUAAGGUCGCCGCCCCUAUCGCCUACAACGAGUACGAUGCCAACCCCCACUACAGCUAUUCUUACGCCGUGAACGACGCCCUGACCGGCGACAGCAAGACCCAGCAGGAGAGCCGCGACGGAGACGUCGUCCAGGGCUCCUACUCUCUUGUUGAGCCCGACGGCAGCCGCCGCAUCGUCGACUACACCGCCGACCCCGUCAACGGAUUCAACGCCGUCGUCCACAAGGAGCCCGCCGUCGUUCACGCUCCCGUCGCCCACGCACCAGUGGCCUACGCUGCCCCCGCCUACGCCGCUCCGGCAUACGCUAAGCCCUACUUCGGCUAAACUGCUCGCGCGGCCAAUCUAGCAGAGAGCCAAAUUCACGAGCGCCAUCAACAUAUAUAUGAAUGAAUCAUUUCACACCCAUGUUCGCCAUUAGUCAACUGAUAUAGACCAACUUGUUGUUUUAGAGUGAGGAGAUGCGUUAAUAAAAUUUACAACAACCAAA